CACCGCAGACGAUUGCAAGGCCUCAUCGGGUGGUAAAAAACAAAAGGACACCGAUGUAUUUACUUCCAAAUUAAAUUCUCUAAUGCGCGGCAGCAAUGCGGCGAAGGAUGCCCUCUUCGGUGGCGGCAGUGGCAAAGAUGCUGGCAGCGAUGGUGGCAAAAAGAAUGGACCACCACAAAAUUUCGACGCCAAGUGUUACAUAGAGAAUGGCAAAAUUAAUUACGGCAAAUUAAUUACAGACGAAGUGCUCGCAGCAGAUUAUAAAUUGGUUGAGGCAGCCAAAAAGACAACCAACAUAGCCGGCACUACAGCGCUAAUUGCCGUCAUUGAAGGCACCAAACUGACCGUGGCUAAUGUGGGCGAUUCACGUGGCGUUAUGUGUGACGCGCGUGGCAUAGCAAUACCGUUGUCAUUCGAUCACAAGCCGCAGCAGGUGCGUGAACGCAAACGCAUUCAUGAUGCUGGCGGCUUUAUCGCAUUUCGCGGCGUUUGGCGUGUAGCCGGUAUAUUGGCGACAUCGCGUGCGCUUGGCGAUUAUCCAUUGAAGGACAAGAAUCUAGUCAUAGCUAAUCCAGAUAUACUAACUUUUGAAUUGAACGAUCACAAACCCGCAUUUCUCAUACUCGCCUCAGAUGGCCUAUGGGACACCUUCAAUAAUGAGGAGGCUUGCACUUUUAUCAAAAAGCAUUUGCAUGAAGCUGACUAUGGCGCCAAAGCGUUAACCAUGGAAUCGUAUCAGCGUGGCUCAGUGGAUAAUAUUACUGUGUUGUUGGUAGUUUUUCGCAAUGGUAAUUAUCGCAUUAGCUCGGCCACCACAUCUACUAACGGUAACGGCGACAGCAGUGCAUCUGCAUCGAAAACCGCAAAUAAUGCGACUGCAACGAAUAAAUUGCCCACAGCCAAUAAUGCUGCGAAAUUUCCCGUGACAAAUUUAAUUCGCUCGAAUAGUGGCGUUGGUACGAAAUAAAUUUUGGUCAACUACGUAUUUGCAUACAAAUAUGUAUGUAUGUAUAUGCAUAUGGGCGUACAUAUGUAUACAUACACAAAUAUGCUUAUGUUUGCAUGUACUAUCUGAUGAGCGUCAUCAAAAGGAUUGAUUUGAGUCUCGCCGUCGCCAAGUGCCCCCAGCAUUAGUAAAUUUUCUAAAACGAAACAAGAACAAACAAUUUGAAAAAGGGCGAAAAAUACGUAUUUAAAAACUAUUUAUGUGCCCUCUUAUUAGCUGCUAAGCAUUUCAUUCUAAAUCAAAGCAAAUUUUUCAAAAAAAAAAAAUGCAUACAAUUUUGCAGUAUGCUUAUAUAAAUUUAAGUCGAUGUACACAUAUUAUAAAAAUCGCAUACCAUAUGACUUUUUACUUGCGUAACAGCAACGAAGCAAAAAGUGCGCUUGCAAAUUUUGAUAUUUUUCGAUGUGUAAAAGUACUUUUUGUCGUCUAACACUACAAAAAGGCACUAAGUGAAAUUUUUAGUCAUUUGCAGGAAAAAAAAUCGCGUUAUUCAUAUGAAAUGCGCUAAUUGGGCUUUAAAAAAAAAACAACAACAAAAAAGCUUACAAAUAUCGUGGAUCUUUUAACUCAGCUGUGAAUGUGUUAAGCUACCACGACUCAGUUUCUGGUUCAGUGUUGAGCUUAAGCUUACUUCACUAGCACUAAAAAUUUAAUCUGAGCUUAACCCAUUGAAUUUUGAAUCGAUUUCGAUGAAAUUUCUGGCACGACCUCUAGCGUUGAGCCAUAAUGAUUAUAAAAUAAUUUCAGCUCUCAUAUCUUUGAAUUGCUUAGAUAUAAAUUCGCUGUGUAUUUUUUUAACCAUUGGUCCGUUGUGUGUACAUAUGCUUAAUUUCAGGUGGGCAAUUUUGACGUUGGCUAUUUUUGAUUUGACGGCUGAGUUUCCGAAGCAAAAAUUUGUCCUAUAUUUUUUAUUAUUUUAUUCCCUAUUGGUACAAAGGAAGAAAGAAAUGUGCUCGGUCCUCCCCAAAGAGUAAAAUGUCGCUCCUCAAAAGCCAAAGACAACUUCUAUUUUAUCUUUGUUUUAUUUCACAUUUUUAUUUGUUUGGAUAUGAAGAUCGUACAUUACUUUCAAAAAUAGAAGACAACGAAGGAAAAUCUGAACUUGAGAACCAUUUCAUCAAACUGGCACUACAUAGAAUAUAAUAAUCAAUGAUACGGUUUUUCUGAUUUUUGAGUUUAUGCUAACGGUAAACAUGUAAAGAAAAUAAUAGCCUACUUCUUUUGAUUCCAGGCAGUAGUCAAUUUUCCGAAAAUGCAAAGUGCAGUGCGAAAAGAGGUCGAUGUUCCAGUAAUUUAAUAAGAAGCAAGAAAUC